UAGACUCUGCCAAAAAUGAGCAACCAUCAGAAGAUAAAGGAGACACAGGAGAUAUCAAAAUGCAACUUAUGUCAGCUUCAAGUACCUGCACAGGAAAAGUGGAAAUCUAUUACAGAGGUCAGUGGGGGACAGUUUGCUUUACUGGAUUGGGAAUGAGAGAAGCUCAUCUCAUCUGCAAGCAAAUGAACUGUGGAGAAGCAGAAACCCUUACUAGGUUUCACAUACCUCCUAUUGACUUGCCCAUCUGGAAGGACAGAGUUCGCUGCUUUGGAAAUGAGACCUUUUUGUGGGAAUGUCCUUCAGAUCCUUGGGGUCAGCAUGACUGUGAUCACAUGAUGGACACGGCAGUUAUAUGCAAAGGCGCUGUUAAUAUUUCAUUAGAGAAUGGGGGAAGUCCUUGUGCAGGUCAAAUGCUUCUAAGAACUUCUGUAAGUCAAGGAUCUGUGAUUGAUAGAGUGAUGGGAAUUCCAAUGGCCAAUGUUGUGUGCACACACAUUGGAUGUGGAUCAGUUGUUUCAAUUAAAACGGAAGCUUAUUUUGGAAUGAAAAGUGUAAACCCUUGGUAUCCCCCUAUUCACUGCAAUGGCAAUGAGUCAUUUCUGUGGCAAUGCUUUAGUGCCCUUAUUCUUCAAGAUAUUUCACAUGAAGAUCCCAAACAUCAUUCUGCUGGAAUGAUUUGCUCUUCUCACAUUAAGCCAAGACUGUUUGGUGAUGAGGACACCUGCUCUGGCCGUAUGGAGGUGCAGUUUGGAGAGACCUGGGGGACAUUUUGUGAUUCUAACUUGGACAUGGAGGAUGCCAAUGUGGUCUGUCAUCAGCUUCAGUGUGGAGUUGCAGUGGCCACCUUGACAGGAGUUUAUGGUGAAGGAAGUGGACCUGUAUGGGAUCGACAAUUUGAAUGUAAGGGUAAUGAAUCCAUACUCUAUGACUGUCCUCAAUCACCACCCAAGGCUGUAAACUGCACCCACAGACGUGACGCUGGAGUGAUCUGCUCAGGAAAGGGUGGUCCUCGCUUGGUGGGCGGUGUGUCAAGAUGUUCAGGACGUGUAGAAAUCUUAUAUGAUAACAACUGGGGAACACUCUGUGACAAGAACCUAGACCUGCGAGCCGCAGAUGUGAUCUGCAGGCACCUCUACUGUGGGGCAGCUGUAUCGACUCCCUCAGGAUCAUAUUUUGGUAAAGGGAAGGGUCCCAUCUGGAGAGAGAAUUUUCAGUGUAAUGGGAAUGAGUCACGCUUGGGGGAGUGUGCUGUUUCUUGGGAUAAAGCAUCUUGUGAUCACAGUAAUGAUGCCAGUAUCAUCUGCUCAGAUGCUGACUGGCAGCUUCAGCUGAAAGGUGGAGAAAGCCGCUGUGAGGGCACAGUUCAGGUGAUGCUGAAUGGCACCUGGAGGGGGAUUUUGUAUCCUGAAUGGGAUAUGCAGGAUGCCAGUGUGGUUUGUGCUCAGCUAAACUGCGGUCAGGCAGUGAAAGUACAGAACAUCUCCAGAUACAUUUCAGGAAGUGGCCCAGUCAUAUUAACUGACAUUAAUUGUGCUGGAGAUGAAUUAUCCUUACAGAACUGCUCUAUUUCAGUUAUAUCUGAACAGUUCAACAUCAGUGGAGGUGUGGGAAUUCUCUGUUCAGAACACAAGAAAGUCAGGCUGGCAGGUCACAGCAGCCAAUGCGCUGGAAGAGUAGAAGUGUACUACAAUGCCACCUGGGGGACAGUUGGCAGCAAUUCCUGGGACCUGACUGAUGCACAGGUUGUGUGUAGACAACUGGGAUGUGGGACUGCAGUCCGCACAGCUGUCUCUGCAGAAUUUGGAAAAGGUUCUGGACCAGUGUGGCUGGAUGAAGUAAAAUGCAGAGGAGAUGAGUUGGCCUUAUGGAAGUGCCCUUCAAUUGGCUGGCGAGAUAACAACUAUGAGCACAAACAAGAUGCUGGUGUUGUGUGUUCAGAACUCAAGGAACUUCGCCUUGUUAGUGCUGAGUAUGUAUGUGCUGGGAAACUGGAGGUCUUCUAUAAUGGGACGUGGGGAGAUGUUUGCUCUAACAGAAUGGAUUCAACCACCGUCAGCAUUAUAUGUCAGCAACUGGGAUGUGGAGACAGUGGUUUACUGGAGGAGGGUACACAUGAAGGAGCAAGUAACAAAGUAAAAUGGCUGGAUGGAGUGACCUGUUAUGGACAUGAACGUGUCUUAUGGCAGUGCUCCUCACUGCCAUGGGGAAAAAAUAGGUGCCAAAAUGGUGAUGAGGCAAGGAUCCGAUGUUCAGCUGCUACUGAAAGACCUCCCACUACAGCUUCACCAGAAAGAUCCUCCAUGACAGAAUCAGCACAAGUUGAAACUUGCACAGGUGAUCAGAAUAAAUGGCUGCUCCCCUUUGGAGUGACUUGCCUAAUUUUAGGUAUAUGUUUAUGUGCCGUGUCCUCUGCCCUGUUCAUCAAAGUACGUGCCAAUGCCAAGAAACAAGAAUAUGGCAAAAACUAUGAGGCUGUGUAUGAAGAAAUAGAGCAGAAGGCAAAUGUUAACUUGGAUGAAAAGUUUGAUUCCUUAAGUUAUGGUAAUGCAUUCGAAGAUGGCAGAAAAUCAACUAUCCUAAAUCGAUGUGAAAAUCAAGAUGCACAGAAAUAUCAAACUGGGAACGAAGCUGAAUAUAAUGACAUUGAGGAAGAAAUCGAAAUGAACACAAAGAUUUCCAUUAAUGAAGUUUCACCAACACAGUAUUACAAUUUUGGAAUACCUGAGAAAAAGAUGACAAAGGAGCAACCAGAUUUGGACACAAACUAUGAUGACACUGAAACACAGGACUAUGUCAAUGAUAAAGAAGAGAAUGAAGAGAUGGCUACAGCGGGGUAUGAUGACGUGCAGCUCCUUGACUCUCCAAGUUCAGAGGAGCAGCUAAAGCUGGAGAUAUUUUAUGAUGACGUUGAUGUAGAAGACUACGCCAAUAAGAAAGAGAUCAACGGUGACUGAAGGAGAUGAGCUAUGAAGAGCUUGAGCAUCUCUUUGUAAUACAAGAAGACAUCAACACCUGUGUUUUUGCUUUUUAUUUUUAUUGAUGACAGAGUGAAUGAAUGAUGAUAUUAUUAUCAAUUAUUUUAAUUAGUCCAUUUAUUAUGUAAUUGGGAAACACUUUGAAAAUCAUUAAGUAGAAAACAUAUGAAUGAUGGUCUUAAUUUUUGUAUUUCUGCCUUUGUUAUGUAACUUUUUUAUAGUGUAUACAGAAGGAUGUCAUGAACUAAUUUGUGGACACAGGAGACUCUAUUGAUAAUUUUUUUCUAAACAGUGUGUAUCCCAUUCUGCAUAAACGUUUAACAUAUUCAGUGUUUGUGGAUGUGUGUAGGCCUAUGUCUAUUUUGAGUUUCUAUACAAAUUUUCUGUAUUAUGGUGGUAUUGACAUUUCUCACCACAAACGUUCUCAUAUACUCAACCCUUCCCUGCAGUGAACCUGAAAGAAUGGGGAAUUGGUUAUCUAUUAAUUUUUAUUUGCAAAUAUACAUUUUUAACCAAGCCAUAUAUGGAAAUAAUUCCUGUUUUAAGUUGGAAUUUUGUUAUUCACUUAAGCUUAAGAAAUAAUGAUUAUUCGCAGUU